GUUUUGAAAUGGAUUUCUAAGAGUUUGGGUGAGUGUAUAUAUACUGUACAGUUUGAGAGGCACACUAGGUAGCCAUUUGAUAAGGCGGAUCAACAAUGGCUCUGUGGGAUAAAAUGGGGCUGCUGGCAACUCUUCUCAUCUUUAGUGUCUCUCUCGCCUUAGCUUCUGCAGAGAGGCCCAUGAGAAGAUCCUUGGUGUUCCCAAUGGAAACUGACAACAGCUUCGUGGAGCUGGUCCCUCAGAAGGAUCUUGACAUGGGAGCCUUCACCCUGUGCAUGCGGGUGGCCACAGAACUGGCAAAGGGCAACCGUGAGAUCAUCUUGUUCGCCUACCGUACACUGUACUACGACGAGCUCAACGUGUGGAGAGAAGCUGACGGCAGGUACGGUCUGUAUUUGAGUGGGGACGGGGUCUUCUUCGACCUACCUGAGCUCAACACCUUCCAGACCCACCUCUGUCUCACCUGGGACUCGAAGUCAGGUAUGGCCGCGUUCCACGUAGAUGGGAAGAGGAGCAUUAGGCAGGUGUAUAAACCAGGACACAAAGUGCAGAAUGGAGGUAAGGUCAUCCUGGGACAGGAUCCAGACUCUUUCCUGAAGGACUUUGACAGCAAGCAGAGUUUCAUCGGAGAGAUCACAGACGUCAACAUGUGGGACUACGUGCUCUCCGAUGCCAUGAUAGAGGCUUUGCAUGUUGGGAAACGUAUGCCCAGAGGGAACAUUUUUGACUGGGAAACCAUAGAGCUCAUAGUCAAUGGGAACGUCAAGGUGAUCACUGAAGAGUUGUAAGGUGUCCCCAAGGCACCAACAACAUGCUCUCCGUCCAGGGGUGCUGCACUGCGGCCUGACCCUGUGCUCUGUGUGUCAGUGUGAUGUACGUUAUCUGAGGGAGUUAAGAAAUUACAGAAAAUUCAUAUGGAGAAUAAAGUUGUAUUAGUUUGAGUCCCUGUCUCAUCUCAAUAAAUAUAAAGUUCCCAACGGGCA